AUGCCUGGUGUCUGGUACUUUACUGUUUUACGAGCACUGCUAGUCCCCGUAAAAAUACUCCACAUUGCACGUACAAACAACAUAAAAGUCCUUGAUUCAAAAAUAGGAACCGGGGAUGACUGCAUAUCAUUUGGCGAUGGUGCCCAACAAAUUCACAUUGAAAAGGUGAAAUGUGGACCUGGUCAUGGCGUCAGCAUUGGAAGUCUCGGCAAGUACCCAAAUGAACAACCUGUUUAUGGAAUUACAGUUAAGGACUGCACCCUCACUAGGACAAUGUAUGGAUGGAGUGGAUCCCCUCCUAGCACCGCCUCUGAUAUUCAUUUUAACGGUAUUACCAUGGACAAUGUUGCAAACCCCAUCAUCAUCGAUCAAGAAUACUGCGAUGCAAGAUUUAAAUGCCCAGCUAAGCCUCAAUUUAAAGUUAAGAUCAGCAAAGUGAGCUUCAAAAACAUUAAAGGCAGCUCCUCAACCCCAGCUGCUGUCAAGCUUGUUUGUAGCAAGGAUGUGCCAUGCGAAAAUGUGGAGUUUGGUGACAUUGAGCUGACACAUAAUGGAGGCCCUGCCAAGUCCGAAAUUACAAAUGUUAAGCCAAUUGCUUCUGGCAGAGUAAAUCCUGCACUGGGAAGAGCUUAAUCUUCUUGGUUCUAAUCAACUCCAAAGGAAGGAUGAACAAAAGUUGUUUAGUGAGUCGCUAAUUUAUUUUCUCCUAUUCAUGCUAUAUGCAUGAUAUUAACGUUGACAAAAGCAGUGUAUUGUUUAUUGAUAAAUAAACGCUUAUUG